AUGGACUCAGGAGGAGCUAAUACCUUUGUAGUUGAACCAAAAGAUGAAGAAAAAUUUUAUCCAUCAAAGGUUAGAAAAGUUAUUUAGGAGAUUAUGGAUGACAAAUUAAAAAGCGAAACUUAUGAUGCAAACAAUACACCUAAUCUAGCAGAGGAACUAGUAAAGAGAAUCAGAAGCAAAGUUAGAGAUUCCAUCAAAAUGCCAAGAUUCAAAAUUGCAGUAUAGGUAGUAAUUGGAGAAGUUAAAGGAUAAGGGUGUCAAGUCACAUCAAAGAACCUUUGGGAUCCUACUUGGGAUAAUUACGCUUCUUAUAUCUUUUAGAAUGAAACAAUUUAUGGAGUGGCAAUUGUUUUUGGUGUCUAUUACGAAUGAGACUUUGAAUAUUUAAAAUUAAUUAUUAUCAUAUAUAAACUCUAAAUACAGGAU